AUGGCUUCUCCUCACAGCCCCGUUGAUCGGUUUCUGCAGGGCAUCAACACGGCAAAUCUCGAACUCAUGUUGAGUGCCUUUGCACCGGAUGCUGAGGUCAUCGACGAUGGAAAGAGUUUUACUGGAGAUUCGAUUACCAUGCUGUGCGAGCAUGGAAUCAUAGGUCACCAGGCAAGAGUCAACAUACUCGAACGGGCGGUUCAAAAUGACGACAAGACGCGCACCCACAUCAUGAUGGAGGGAGACUUUGGCAAGGAAUUCGGCAUCCACGAACCUUUCGACUUGUUUCUUGUGGCCACGGUCAAGGACGGCAAGAUCACACACCUUGAUAUGGGCGAUGUGGAUCCUGAGAAACCGACAAUGCGGGCAGUCUAUGCCUCAGUGGCGAGCCCUCAGGACCCAUUGUCAUCAGUCCGGGUGGGCCAAAGGCAUCUCCCAGAGCCGAAGGAAGGGUGGGUCCGGGUGAAGAUGCAGGCGGUGGGACUGAAUUUCCACGACAUUUUCACGUUGCGAGGGCUGCUCAUGCAUGAGGUCCGCUACCCAAUGAUCUUGGGUAAUGAAGGGGCCGGGGUCCUUGACGAUGGAACUGAGGUUGCCAUCUAUCCAAACAUGGGUGAUCCUGAAUGGAAAGGGAAUGAGACCAUCGAUCCUAAAAGGCAUGUCUUCGGCGAACUUGUCCAAGGGAACCUGGCUGAGUAUGCCAUGAUUCCCAAAAGAAAUGCUGUGCCCAGGCCAAAAGGGCUGGAUGCGAAGUCUGCCAGCGUUAUGGGGAUCGCCUGGCUGACAGCUUACCGCAUGUUGUUCACCCAGUCACGCCUCAGAGCCGGACAGACCAUGCUGGUACAAGGAUCAUCCGGUGGUGUGACGACGGCGCUCAUCCAGAUGGGUUCUGCCGCUGGUUUUCGUGUAUGGACAACAGGCCGAACAAAAGCGAAACGCGACCUCGCAAUCUCGCUUGGUGCACAAAAGACUUUCGAGCCUGGCGCAAAGUUGCCGUAUCUCGUGGAUGCUGUGUUCGACACUUCGGGGGCAUCGACAAUUUCACACUCUCUAGCCUCUGUCAAACCAGGAGGGACGAUCGUGUCGUGCGGAAUUCAUUCAGAGGGCGCUUCGCCAAAUGUCACGAUCGACUUGUUGCAUCUUCUGGCAAACCAGAUCACUUUGACAGGGGUCUACACGGGGACGCGCGACGAAUUCGUCAACCUGCUAGAUUUUGUGACCACGGCCGGGAUCAAGCCGUACAUUGGGAAAGUCCUACCUUUAGCCAAGGCGACUGAGGGACUGAAGGACAUCUGGGAAGGUAGAACAAAUGGGAAAAUCGUAAUUGAGAUUUGA